AUGUCGUCCGACCGCCGAUUCGAGCUGUUCAUCGCAGCUCAGGAGAUCGAAGCACGGACAUCGAAGCUGGUGUUCUGGCUCUUUUGGUUUGACAACCCCGGCUCAUGGUUGCGAGCGCCGCCUUUAGUCCCAAUCGAGAGAUGGGACGAGGUCCGUGUACCGGCCGUGUGGGGCCGGUACCGAGUUGGCAACAGCGCUGGCUUUCGGACUCACGCUCUUUCUAUCGGUGACUUUGUCACGCUCAUCGCUAUUGCUGCGGACAUCGUGGCAUUAGGGGCGCCUUGGUACGGCGCCUGCUAG